GUUUCGAGGAAAAAAAAAAAAAGCACAAAAGGCGCGAGCGGGUGCUUAAACCCUAAACCACGAGAAACUGUUUCUUCUUCGUCUUCCCCAAUUCAAAUUCAUCGCAGCAAAUGGCACGACUGAUUCGACCAUGGAGAAAAUGCCUUCAGUUUUCUUCUUCUUCCUCCUCUUCUUCUUCUUCUUAUUAUUAUUAUUCUUAUUCUCACAAAGCACUAAUUUCGCAAUCGAACCUUCAAAAUCCCAUCACAUUCCCUCCUGAAAACCCCUACGUUUUCUUCAAGACCCGCCCUUACAUAUCCGACAUGCGCAGAUCCGCUUUCGAAGGCAACAUUCUCAGACUUCUCCGUAACGAAAUCCGAUAUGAACUUGAUCGUUCUCCUCCCUACCAGCAUGCGAAAAUUUUCACGAACGAUUACAAAAUCGAGCAUCGUUGCGUUUUAGUGGGCUGUUCUACCGGGGUGUUCGAGGGGAAUUGCUAUUUUGUAGAAGAUGAAUUUGGAUUGAAUAAUCUGCACCAUCGUGCUUGCCUUGAACUACUAACAUUUCUGGGAAUGGAGCCUGUUACAAAAUUUGGGGCGUUUACUGUUGAUGGAAGGCCAGGCGAGCAGUGGAUCAGAUUGGAAAGAGAGUAUGGGGAGAAUGAGAAUAUAAAAAUUGAAGUGACAAUGUUUGAUCGAUCUAUUCCAGCUCCAAAUUCAGGAGGCAAUAGUUCUGGGGAAGAUGUGAUUCUUCACAUUACCACUAUUGUCAACAUAACUAAAGGAGGUGGCAGUGAAGUUUUGGAGAUUAUGUGCUCAGCUUGGCCAGAUAGUCUAGAGAUUGACAGGCUUUUCUUACGUCGAGGUGAAAUGAUGCCAGCUCAGCCCUAUGCUGGUCCUGAAUUCAAGGAAUUGGAUGAUGACUUGCAAAACUCACUCUACGAAUAUCUUGAAGUUAGGGGGGUGGACGAUCAGCUAGCUGUUUUCUUGCACAAAUAUAUGAAGAACAAGGAUAAAACCGAGUUCAUUAGAUGGAUGGAAACCGUAAAAGCAUUCAUUGAAACUAAUUGAAAUAAUUGUUUCUGCAGUAUUUUCAACCGAGAAUAGUUCUGCUGCUGGGGUUAUUAAUAUCUAUUUUUAGUAUGUAAAAUUGACCCUCAUGUAUUGAACUAUCCAGUAUACGAAGUAGUAUUGUACACAAAAUUAAGGAGAA